UAACUACAGGUGUCUGACUCAGGUCUAACGAAAGCCUGACUCAAGUCUAACUAAAAAUCCUUGCUUUGAAAAAAAGAGAAUAGAGAAAGAAAUCCAGUUUCAGAUCAGAAAUAGAGAGAGAGAAAAAGAUGACUGAGUUCUUUUCUGCCCCAAAAUUAGGUUUACUUCUUCUUUUUCUUGUAGCCCCUCUGGUUUCAGGGGAAGAAUUAAGUACCAAAGAAUGUGAGAAUCUAGGGUUUAAUGGUCUAGCUCUUUGUUCAGACUGCAAUACAUUUGCCGAGUAUGUCAAAAACGAAGAAUUAGUGUCGGACUGCAAGAAAUGUUGCACGGAGGAUUCUGAUGAUUCCACGAGCAAGAUCACUUACUCCGGUGCCUUGAUAGAAGUUUGUAUGAGGAAACUUGUAUUUUAUCCCGAAAUAGUUGGUUUUAUUGAGGAGGAAAAGGACCAGUUCCGGUCUCUCAAAGUUCAGUAUAUCUUCAAUUCUCCUCCCAAACUUGUAAUGUUGAAUGAAGAGGGUCAACACAAGGAAACAAUAAGGGUUGACAACUGGAAACGUGAACAUAUUCGACAGUUCUUGAAAAAGAAAAUGAAGUCUGGCUCAUCGGCAAUCUAAGAUAUGAAGUCUGGUUAAAUUUGAGCUUUAAUCUUGUAGUAGAUUCUAUAUUAUUUGUCGUUAUGAACUUCCUCUCAUAUGAAAUUUCAUUCGAAAAAUACAAGUACAUAAACAGAAUAAUGAUUUAUAUGAUCGGGAGACUGUACUAGAAAUUGAACUUCUUAAAACAGUUUUGGCCAAUCC